AAAUAUUUGGUGAAUGAAUUAGAAUACCCCUCCCCCAAGUGUGGCUAAAAGUCAUUUGGAGCCAGGUUGAUUCACCUAAUCCACUGACUUGUGAUGAUGAGGUGGAAGUCAGGACUGUGGAACCCACUUGAAUUUCAGAACAAGUUGAGUCUUGAGACUUCCUUUGCUUUUGUCCAACUCAGUUCACCCUUCAGAGUCAUUCAGCAGAAGCGGAAGCCCGUUGAAACUCCAGCAUAAGUUCGGACUCAAGAAGGGAAAGAUGCAACCUCAGCAGCUAAAGAAUAAAGAAGAGGAGAAAUCAUGGACCAUCAUUCCAAGGUCAGAGAAAAGGUGCUCUUUCUUCUCGACCCGGAGCGGUGGCUCGGGAUUCACAGAGACUACGGGACCAGAGAGAAUGUGAGCGGUGGGGACGGGAAAAAUGGAGAAAUUGAGCAGGAGCUGCACUGCCCUCCUCCCGAUUCUGAGAGAGAGCCAGUCCCGGAGAGCAGUUUAGAAGGCCCAUUAGGAACAGAAGUCAGGAACUUGCCGCCCAAACCCCCCAAAUCUGUGCUUGUGCGGGUUUUAGAUUACCAAGUAAAGCAGGAGAUUUGCCAAACCGCGUGGCUGAAAGGGAAAAUGACUCUGAAAACAGAGGAGCGCUCCGUGACUUCUGUUAGUUUCUGGACCUACAAGCCAUAGAGACAAUUCCCUAAAACUACCUGAAAAAAGAUAAGGGGGGAACUAUGGAAUCUACCGUAUGUUUGGGUUUCAAAGAAAGUCAUAUUGUUUCAAUAUGUUUCAAAGAAAGUCAUAUUGUGCCUAAACCCUGGAAGGAGAGACUCCUAAAGUCGUUAUUCCUUGAGGAAAAAGAAAACGGGGACUGUGUGGUGAUGAAAAUUUCCUAGAAAAAAGACUUUGUAUUUUGGAAACCUAACACUCAUCAGCUCCCAAUUAACUGACCAAAAGGUUCGUUUUACAAUGCUAAAACUACACAGCCGGAAGACGGAAGAGGUUAUAGAAAUCUUUAUAAUACUGUAAUCAAAAUGUUCUCUUCCUUUUGUGACUAUGAUAUUUGAUACUGUGACAACCUUGGGAAGUUAAAGUAUUACUGAGGAAGGAAUUAGCUUCCCUGUGCUUAGCGGUAAGUGGAAGUUCUGAUUAAAAAAAAAAAAAGAAGAAAAGAAAAAACUUGUUACUCUUUCUAAUUAAAAGC